AUGCUUAAUAUUAUGCUUCCUGCCGGAGACUGCAUCCUCUCUUCCCCGAGCAAAUUACGCGAGCCAAUCCACAUCGCUGAGCGGACGAACUGGAUAUACGCAGAGUUGAGACUGUGGGGAAGAUACGGCCCUGCUGGCCGGUUUGUUAUGCUCCACAGCAGAGACGACCAGACCCGCCAAUCCAGCAGCGUUCAUGCAUGCGUCUUCCCCCAAGCCACCCUCAGGGCUUCUUCGGGCCAUGCCCCUGUCCAUGUCCCGUCUUGGACGGAGGAGUCCCUUUCUGUCAACACAUUCUCGACGAUAUAA